CUUCACCCAAAGGAAGCGGGGACGGGACCGAUAGAGGAUUGAGGCGAGAGUGAGGAGAUUAUACAACUGGAACAAUGGUUGAUGCCGUGCAUUAUAUCCACUUACAGAACUUCAGCAAGUCUCUCUUGGAGACGCUUAAUGCACAGCGCUUGGGUGGCCAUUUUUGUGAUGUAACUGUACACAUUCACGAUGCAACUUUGCGAGCUCACCGCUGUGUUUUGGCAGCCGGUAGCCCCUUUUUUCACGACAAGCUCCUCCUGGGUUACUCGGAGAUUGAGGUUCCACCAGUGGUACCCACCCAAGUUGUCCAACAAUUGGUGGAAUUUAUGUACAGCGGCUCCCUGGUUGUUGCCCAGUCUGAGGCUUUACAAAUCUUGACAGCAGCCAGCAUACUACAGAUCAAAACGGUCAUAGAUGAGUGCACACAAAUAAUAUCUCAGAGCAGGUCUAAACAAGGGACCAUUGCUGGUGCUAUGCCAUCCUGUGGAUCACAAGGCAGGUCAUCCAUUAGCAAACUACAAGACCAAUCAGCCAAGAAUAUGGAUUGUUCUUCGGGAAUAGGUCUAAGAGAGUCUGGUAGUAUCCCUUCUGCUUUGAGAAAUGAAAUGGCUAUCGUUUCUCAAAUGGGGGCUGUCGGUGAAGCACCCAAGUUAAUGUGUGCCUCAGAAAUACGGUACAAAUUACGGGACAUGUUGUCUUCUCAGCAGCGACAGUUGCCUGAAGCGAGGGAGAUAACCGUGUCCGAUGUUGAGCCGGUACCAGAGAGUGACGCUCUGCAACCAACAUACUUGCCACAGUCAGAGGCUCCACAGACCUGUCACAGCCGCAAGCAGCGUCAACCAGUCCGCCUUCAGCUUUCUGACUCUGCACCUGUGAUAAUCAAAGAUGAAGAGGAGGAUGAGGAGGAAGGUGAGUGCAGUGGAAGAGAAGGAGGAGACGAUGAGGAGAAGAGUGCUGCUUACAGUGAGUGCAGUGGAGGUUUUCCCAGCUGUGGGGAAAAUGAGAAAGAAAGAAGUCCAGAUAAUAAAGCUUGUGUGGAGACCGUGGACCGAAAAGACUCUUCUGGCCAAAUCGUGGAAUUUACUGCCGAGGGACCGGAUUUCUUUACUAACCAGGAUGUAUUCUCUGAAACGUUUAUCCCGCCUUGGCAGAACGAAGAGAAUAUUUCUGAAGGAGCUCGUGAGAACACGUUGGAGAAUACAACGGAAAAAUUUCGAACGGACUGCAGCUUAGAUGGUUCAAGCCUACGAAAUUUGGCCGUGGUUGCAAGUUCAGAUUUUAAAUCAAGCCCCCCAUUUAAUGCUCGAAUGUCUGAAUCCAGGGGUCUUCCUUUUGUGACUUCAAUUGUCCCUAGAGAAAUUAAAAAUAAUUCCGUCUCUGCAGCGGUCGCAACAAGCACCUCGAGUAUCUUCCAGUUUCACUUGACGCACCCCAACCACGUUCAGACUAACGUCACACAGGGUUUUUUUAGCGUCCAACAAGAAGGAUCUGCAAACGUUGUGCAACUCAACUCUAAUUUGCUGCCGGGGACUGUACAAAGCGAAUCGCCCCAGAGACCCGGCCCGUCGCGUAACCCAGAACCUUCCUACGUCUGCAGCCAUUGUCAGAAAACCUUCAGCUCUAGAAAGAACUAUACCAAACACAUGUUUAUCCAUUCAGGCGAGAAGCCUCAUCAGUGCAGCAUCUGUUGGCGAUCCUUUUCCUUACGAGAUUACCUGCUCAAGCAUAUGGUCACUCACACAGGCGUGCGCGCUUUCCAGUGCUCGAUCUGCUGCAAGCGCUUCACCCAGAAGAGCUCUCUGAACGUCCACAUGCGCACCCACCGCCCGGAGCGUUUCCAGUGCUGCUUCUGCAAUAAGUACUUUUCACACCGCACUCUUCUGGAAAGACACAUUGCUACUCAUACAGCAUGAGCACCAGUGUUUUCCUUUUCAUCUUGGCGUAAGCAAUAACACUAAAUGUCGCCAGAAGUGUCGCCCGCCGCCACUUUGCCGAAUUGGCAUUUAAGGGGUGGGGAAAAAAGCAUGAUAAAGAAGUGGGUCGUCUGUUUAUUCACCCAUUUUAUACAAAGACGUUUCUUUUUAACCUGCAGUAUUGUGUCCUUGAGAUACUUGUCUUUUUGUUACAGUACAAAGUGCGCUGCAUGUGAAGGUUUCCAGAAGUCAUAUAAUCUAGCGUAGCGAAGCAGAAACUUAAGUGUAUCAUAAGAACACGGUGGAGCGUUGAUCAUUUAGCAUGAUCUGUUUGGUUUGUGGUCCGGUGUUUAUUGUCAAAAUAAGUCCUUGUUUGUAGUGCAAAGCACUUGCGCAUAGGAAACUCUAGCUUUGUGUUUACAAAGGUGAACCUGGGGCAUCGGUUCCAAACCUUCAAAGCAAGACUGGUGGAUCUGCAUUCCA